CAAUCGAUAUAGACGGCAGCAAGUGCGUGGAACGCGUGUGGCUAUUGCGGCCAUUCGUCGCCUGUCUGCCCGCUUGGUUCCGGUUCAUGCAGUGCCUGAGAAGGUACCGGGACUCACGAGAAGCAUUUCCUCACUUGGCCAACGCAGCCAAGUACGCAACUACCUUCUUCGUGAUAACAUUCUCAUUUCUAAACCUUCAAUACGCAAAGAAUAACCCUGAAGAAGAUCCUAGCGUGUACUUCUACCUGUGGAUAUCAGCAUCCAUAUUCAGUUCUCUGUAUUCUUAUAUAUGGGAUUUAAAAAUGGACUGGGGACUAUUUGACCGGAACGCCGGUGAGAACAGAUUUCUUCGUGAAGAAAUCGUGUAUUCGUCGACGGCAUUUUACUACAUCGCGAUCGUUGAAGAUUUUGUCUUACGUUUCGGUUGGGCCCUGUCGAUGUCUCUAACCGAAAUGGGCUAUGUUCAUGGUGACUUAAUGGUAUCCAUUCUGUCGCCUCUCGAAGUAAUGAGAAGAUUCGUUUGGAAUUUCUUCCGGCUGGAGAACGAACACCUGAACAACUGCGGCCGGUUCCGGGCCGUCAGGGACAUUUCUGUGGCGCCCAUCGACAGCUCGGACCAGACUCACAUCCUGCGGCUGAUGGACGAACCGCUGACACCGCAUGAUCUGAACAGGAACCGAAGGAACAAGAUGACCGGUGGCGGUGGCAUCGGCAAGAAGAUACCGAACCUCACGUUCCAGCCCAGCCGGUCGGUAGACGAACAGGCGUCCCUCAUAUUGGCCAGUUUGGGCACACGCUGA